UAGCCCAGGUUGAUGCUCCGGGGGAUCAACAUGUAGCAGCUCCUGCUGUUAUCCCUGGUCUCACAGACCAAAUGCAACACCAGCAAGAAGUGCUGACUGGUUUGGUCAUGGGCUCUCAACAAGCUCGAUGUUCUGAUACAUAUUCUGAAAAUGCCAGACUCACUCCUCAGAAUCAGUACCAGGAGGCUGUUGCUCAGGGUCACCAGCUGGGUGAUGUUCGUUGUGGGAUUGCAGCUUAUCAGCAGGACUAUCAGGCUGUGGAUCAGGUUCAACAACAUGCCCAAUCUGCAGAUGGUUCAGCAACUGAUAUGAUGAUUGAUACAGCCAAAAUCACUGAUGCUAGAGAUACAAUUCAGAAUCAGCACGAUGAGGUGUUUGCUCAGGGACAACAGUUGGGUAAUGUUCAACAAAUUGCUCCCCCGAUAGAUUGUUCAGCCAGUGCCAAGAUGAAGCCUCAGAACAUGGGUAUGGAAGUGUUCAAUGGUUCCAAAGCUGCUGACAAUUCAGUUUUCUCUUCAAAUUCUACCAGCAAUUCUAUUUCUGUGGCCAGCAGAACCACAAGAGUUAUGCAGAAGACCAGACCAGCGAAAGAACCUCAAGUCACUCAUCAAAAUGCCCAGUUUCAGCAACAUGUUCAACCAGCUCAGUGUACUCUCAAUACUAAUCCUACAAGCCCCCCCGGCCGAAGAGGAUGA